AUGGCUUCUACCGACCUCUUGACGCCGCGCUACCCUGCCCUCGACCCCAAGCAGGGUGGCAUUACCGACGGCCCGCUGCCUCUCCCGCCGCUUGUCCUGGGUGCCGGCGUCUAUGGCUACGACUACAACUCGAAGGAGACCCUGCUCGAGUCGAGCGUCCCCGAGCAGGCGAUGCGGCUCGCCUUCCGCUACGGAAUCCGCACACUCGACACGUCGCCGUACUACACCACCAGCGAGCGGGUCGUCGGCGACGUCCUCGAGAAGCUCCGCGACGAGUUCCCUCGCGACUCGUACCAGAUCAUCACCAAGAUCGGCCGCUACGGACGCACAAAGGAGGAAGGGUUCGACUACUCGCCCUCGCGCAUUCGCGAGUCUGUCAAGAACUCGAUGAAGCUCAUGAAGACCGACUACCUCGACGGCGUUUACGCUCACGACGUCGAGUUCGUCUCGGAACAGCUUGCGGAUGCUGGAGAGGAAGGGUUCAAGGUUGGCGAGAACGGCGAGAUCAAGGAGGAGGAUCUCGAGAAGUGGGGUUUGCGCGAGGAGGAUGCGGGCAAGAUCAGGGGUCCGGGAGACGAGAAGGUCCUAGCGGCCCUCAAGGAGCUCUUUGCGCUCAAGAAGGAGGGCGUCAUCCGCGCCGUCGGCUUCAGCGGCUACCCUAUGCCGACGCUGCUCCGCCUCGCCCGCCUUAUCGCUCACCAUCUCGAGCCUCUCGAUAUCAUGCAAUCCUACUGCCACCACACCCUCCAGAACACGACUCUCCAGACGUACUACCCUCUCUUCGUCAAAGCCGGCGUCAAGCAGAUUCUCGUUGCCUCCCCGCUGAGCAUGGGCGUCCUUCGCUCCCUCCCUCCGCCCGGAUGGCACCCCAUCUCGCCCGCCUGCCGCGACGCUACCGCCGAAGCAAUCAAGGUGUGCCAGUCCAAGGGCCGUAGGCUCGAAGACGUCGCCCUUGGAUAUGGAUUCACGAGCGUCAAGCCUGCUGGCUCGAGGGAAGGACGCGACACACCGACUGUUGUCGGACUCAGCACGCCCGAGGAAGUCCACGAGACGAUGAAGGUCUACCACGAGUUGUACGGCGCGGGACAGGAGAGUCGCGAGGGGCGCAGGCCGGGCGAGGGGCUCGGCAAGUCGGGCAGCGAGGUUGCCAAGUUGCAGAAGGAGCUCGAGAAGGACGUUGUCGACAUCUUCAAGGCCAAGGGCGGGUACAACUGGACCUGGGCUGUCGGCGUGUAG